UUUUCAUGUUUUGGGCCCCCCCCCACCCCACCAUCAUCAGAGUGACGGACAGCUCAGGAGCCUGUCACCAUCAUCAUCAUCAGCAGCAGCAUCAUCAGCAUCAGCUGCGCAGAAACUGGACCUGGAAUCAGCUGGAUUUCCGAACAGCCUCUUCCCUCCCAAUCAGACCCGCUCUGUUUCAGGUGUGUGGCUGUUGGAUUACUGCCCGCUGCAGGGAGGAGUAGGGGGACCAAAAGAGGUAAAGUUGGACCCAUUCUAAAAAAAAUUUUUUUUAAUUAAUAAAUAAAAUAAAUACUGCCAAGUGAUAAAGGCAAGCCAUUUUUUUCUUCCUCUCAACACAUARAUGUGCAUUUAACAGAACUCAUAUGACACCCAAAGAGACCGACAGCGCCGGGGAAGCAGUAUUUGGUUUGUGUUUUAAGGACCUCACGCGGCCGAUGACCCACCGAUUGAGAAAAGGAGAAGCCGGAGUUGUUGCACGCGCACAUGGAUUUACAGCUCCAGUCUGAACCUCACCWCGCCACGGAUCGAUAUCCUCCUGCGUUCUUGUUUCUCUCUCCCUUUUCUUUUUUUGCGACGCCUUUUUCAUCGAGGGAGUGAGGCAUCUUGGGAUUUUUAACCGCUUCGUUAAAGAACCCCCCCCCCCCCCGCGCGCCUUGUUCACCUGUCUGUAACCUGUAAGCUCAUGGGAAGUGUGAAUAUUGUCGUGUGUUUAUGUGAGUGAGUGACUUUCAGAGUGUGUAUGGGUGUGUGUGUGCGCGCGYGUGUGUGUGUGUGUGUGCAUGGGUGUGUGCGCUUGGUUUCUUGUCCGCCAGAGGGAGUGUAGGUUAUGUUGCUUGGGAAUGCGUUUGAGUUCUGUAACAGCUUUUAAUUAGAGUGACUGUGAGAGAGUGAUGUGUCUGCUUGUAGGUUUAACAUACAUGCAUGAGUAGGUUAGGUUUUAGGUGUAUUUACUCAAGAUGCACAGUGGCACUACUUCGGUACCCCACCUCCUACCUUGUACAUGUCCCUGCAUCAUCUGGCCACCUGUUUGACCUCUUAAAUCCUCUACAAAAUAUACAAUAAAGAAAAGGCAAGAUGAAUGAGCGCUCUGGUUCAAGCACUCUAGUACCCAUGACGCUGGAGGAGCCAGGGGCGGAACAGGCGUCUCCUCGAGCCCCGGGGCCUUUACGCUGUGGCCCAUGUGCCGUGUGGCCUCGCCAGCAGACCUGGCUCUGUGCUGUCCCCCUGGUCAUGGGCUUUGUGGGACUGGGACUCAGUCUCAUGCUGCUGAAAUGGAUUGUGGUGGGCUCUGUCCAAGACUAUGUCCCCACUGAUCUGGUGGACCCCAAAGGUAGCAUUGGACAGGACCCCAUUUUUCUCUCUAAACCCAGUGCCAUGCCCAAGGGGCCUGACAUUUCCACGGCCACCACCACAUUAGCUGCAUCCACAACUGUUAUGGUGUCUACAACCACGCCGCUAGCAGCGGACGGCACGGCUCCGGCGCCAAGAACUCGAUCGGGUCCACCAGCGAAUCAUUCGGCAAACGGCAGCAAUGCCAGUGGAGACGGCAAUCGCGCCCCGCACCUGCACAAUCGGGUCGGCACUCGCGUUGGCGGGACUGCGGUUACCACCUCCGCCACACGCGCCACCCGCCUCACUCCACCGCCCAGCGUUAAGGAGGUCACCCCUCGCAGCACCGUCAGAAAAGGAAGCAGCGCCGCCACUGGACGUAACGGAGCUGCCAACCCCAAGCCAGGACAGACUUCCCCCACCAUCAGCACCACGGCGUCCACCACAAGCACAGCCACUGCAAAGAGCACUCCCAAGGUGCAGCCAACCGCCUCGCAGCCGGCUGCACCGAUGAAGCCCACUUCACGCUGGAAUCCUGGGCGCCCAGGAAAGGGCCCAGCCACACGCCCACACCACCGCUUCAGAACACCCAUGGCGCCAACCCUUCCCAGUGUGCGUUCAGAGGUCUUCAAGCCAUGUGUGGAGGACAAGGACCUCGCCUUUUGYCUGAAUGAAGGCGAAUGUUCAAUCAUCAAAACUGUGGCAGGGGUCCACAGGCACUGCAGGUGUAAAGAGGGCUACCAUGGACUGCGCUGUGACCAGUUUGUACCCAAGACAGAUGCUAUCUUGUCUGAUCCAACGGACGAGCUGGGGAUCGAGUUCAUGGAGAGUGGUGACACCUACCAGAGGCAGGUGCUGUCCAUCUUUAGCAUCGCCUCGGGGAUCUGUCUUCUCGGAGUGGCAUGCAUGGCUCUCUACCGCCGUAACAAAAGACACAGAGAGAAACUCCAGGCUCAUUUUUCUGAUAGUCGAAGCUUGAGAGACUGCAGCGUCAACGCCUCCGGCCUCAUGUCCAAAUCCACUCCCAGGAUUCAAUACAGCCUUCAUCUCCAAAAAGGUUGCAGUUCCCACGGAUCAUUCUUUAAGAGCAGCAGCGUGACACCGGGCUCAUCCACAGUGGCCCCGCCUGCUCUCAGCAAAGCGCUGUCUAAAGGGAAAUGCUUCAGGAGCAGCUCCCUCUCGCUCAGUCCAGCCCUGUCRCGCAGAGAGGUCAGCCUGUUCAGAACCCCACCCAUCUCCAGAGGGAAACCCAAAAUAUCCACCAGUCUCCUUGAGGGAACCAGAACGACCGGACACGUCUACAGACACUUGCAGGAGGAUGAGUCAACAGAUAUGGGCUCCAUGAAAAGUUGUGGUCCAGCCAGCAGACGGGUCGGCGCCCUCCUCAGCAGGACGGCUCAUUCUAACGCCACUGCCAGGAAAGGAUGGACCGAGGUCCCCUGCACCCGCCUCGACAAAGGCUCGACUUCCCCGCCGCCGUCCCUACGCACCCGCUCCGUGCCCAUCAUCCCAUCGCUCCAAGCAUGCAACCCUGAGGUGGCAGAGCCCACUAACACGAGUGACCGGAACCAAGCGGGUCUCCUCAAGUGGCACCCUCCGCCGGCUGCAGACCCGGGCCAGCGCAUUAGCGAUUCUCCGUCUCGGCCUGAAACUGUUGAGUUAGUGAACGGAGCUUCGCCCUGCGGCAUUAGCCCCCCUGCGGAGAAGAACCUCACACAGGCGGCCUGCUCUGUUGAAUUCACUGCAGAAAUUGYGCGAGACGUAAAACUGAGAGGCCUUUCAAGCCCCGAAAAAUUGUCUGGAUCUCACAGCGAGAUCCAUCACGGUGGCACAAACACUCUUGAGGAUGAGACUGUGCAGGAGUCAGAGGGGGACCRUGUCCAAUAUCCUGCUGAAGUUCUGCACACAGGGAACACAGGUCUGAAGGCAGUGGGCCAAAAGGAAGUCCAGGGACAGUUCCAAGGUCAGACACAUCUCACAAACAGUGGCACAAACUGUUUCCUGGCUGCCCAAGGACCCAGCUGCAGAGCUACUGGAGCCACUUCUGCCAAGCCCUCUGCAAGCUGAUUGGAUUAACUCUGUAAAGCUUCAAAGACACCGUUUCUAAUAACUGAAUACCUUCAUUGGUGACUCAGGAUGGUCCGACGGUGCGACCAUCUGUGUGGCCACAUGGAUGAAUAACAGAUGGAUACCAAUUUUUGAGGGAAGAUUAACAGAUUGAGUUGCAGAGAUUUGGGGGGGAACAAACAACUUGACACAGAAGACAUUAAAUCACAAAAAGACAAAAACAAACACACAUUGUGAAUAAAUGUGACUCAAUAAGAAAAACAAACAGCAAGUGGGAGCUUGAUUUAAACAGUGUACUGGAUGAAAAAAAUCACUAUUUAAAAAAAGCUUCUACUUAGAAACCAAAAUAGUGUGUCAUCUCUAUGUUGUUUCUCUAUUGUAAAGAAAUGAAAUUAUAUAUGUCAUAUAAUAUAUGUCAUAUAGGCGUAUAUAUAUUUGACAUACAAUUGUGACAAAAUAAAGAUUAAGAUAACAGUGUUAAUUAAA